AUGAAAGAUAGUUCAAGCAAACUUCAGGAGGGUAAAGGAGUUGAUGAAGCUAAUAAUUUUGAUAAUUUAUCUAAAUUUGAGUUAGAACGUAGAAGAUUAAAUUUACAAUUACUAAAACGUCAUGAUAAUGAUAUUGCAGAGAUAGUAGCUUGUUCUAGUUUUGUUAGUGUAUAUGUAAUGGAUACUUCUAGUCAAAAGUGGGUUAGAGGAGAUGUUGAAGGCUUUUUACAUAUAGUUAGGCGUUCUACAGAACCUAAAUAUGAAUUAAUAGUUAUAAACCAAAAAAAUCCAGAUAAUCUAAUUCAGAAUAUAACAAGAGAAUGGGAAUUAAGUGGUGAAACAAAUUUUCUAUUUUAUAAAAUACCAAGUGGUAACAUGGUAUCAUAUAAUGAUAUAAAUAAUACUGAAUUACAAAAUGGAGUUAGAGUAUGUUGUUUAUGGUUUUAUGAAAUAGAAGAAAGGAAGAAUAUUGAAAAUACUUUGAAACAAAUAGUAUCUAAAUUAUCAAAUAUAAUACCAAUAUUAUCUGAAGGAGUAUGCUCAUAUUCCCAGGAUGCAGGCAAAACAAUUCUUGAUAUGUUAAAUAAGAAGACAAUAAAACAAAAUAAUGCUAAUAUUGAAGUGUCAAUAGAUAGUGAACCUUCUCCAAUAAUUGAUUCAGUACAAAAAUUAUUACAUUAUAAGGAUAUUUUAGGUAAAAGUAAUAGAAAAAUGAUGCAAUCAACCAUUAACUCAGAAUCAUUGAUAAAUAGUAAUGGUACAUUAUUAUCUUCAAAAGAUAUAAAGAGUUCAGACUCAAUUACAAAUAAUGAGCAUUUAGUAAUAUCUGAUACUUAUGAAGUUAAAAAUACUCAAUAUACUGGUCAUAAUCUAAAUAUAACUCCUGAUAUGAUACGAAAUAUUAUAUUAGAGGUCCUCUCAUCAUCGCAGGUUCGUCAAAUGAUUGAAGAUCGUAUAAUGACAUUAUUUAAUAAAGUUAGAGGAGAUAAUAUAAAUAAUGUACAAUCAUUCCAGACACAGAAGUCUUGGAAUAAUAAUAAAGUACACUCAGAACAAAAAGUAGGGGGUAAACAAUCAAAUUCACAUGGAUCUAAUCCUCAUUCUUAUUCUACUAGUCAUUUAUAA